GAAAGAAUAGAACCUGAAUAAACUUGCAAGAAAGGAUUAGGAAAGGAAUCAUAAAACUUUGUUCUUAAAGAUUUUCCUUGCUGGAAUGGAGUUAAUGGGUUUUAAUUUUACCAUCUCUCCUCCCUCUACACAUAUUCUUCACCUCUUUUGCUUUAUAUUUUAGCUCCAUUUUUUCUCAUUCUUCUACCCGCAAAGAGGCGCAGAGUCAAAUUAUCAGUUACUUAGAUGGCAAGUCGCAAUUUCCAUUUUCCACUUCUGCUCAUUCUGCUCGCGGUUUCAUCGGUGGCAGAAAUAAAAGUGACAGAAUCUACACGAAUUUUUACCAUAAUCAACUAUUGCAAAGAGACAGUAUGGCCUGGAAUUACCCCAGGAGAAAAUUUCAAUGAAGGUGGAUUUCCAUUAAAACCAGGCCAAUCUAUUGUGUUCAAUGCUCCGGUCGGAUGGAGUGGCCGGAUAUGGGGUAGAACCGGCUGCAACUUCGACAAAAACGGCAAUGGCACAUGCCAGACGGGGGCCUGCGGCACGUCCUUGAAGUGUUCAGGUGCAGGUCAAACCCCUGCAUCUCUAGCUGAAUUCACCCUAGCAGCACUGGACUUCUACGAUGUCAGCCUUGUUGAUGGGUUCAAUUUGCCAAUAAGUGUCACACCAAUUAACGGCAAUGGAAACUGCAGCGUUGCUGGUUGUAAUGCUGACUUGAGGACUAACUGCCCGUCGGAGCUCUCUGUCAAGUCCAAGGGGAAGGUUAUCGCUUGCCGGAGUGCCUGUGAUGUGUUCAAUACCGAUGAGUAUUGUUGCAGAGGAGUUUAUGGGAAUCCUGUAGUGUGUCAGCCUACUUACUACUCCAAGAAAUUUAAGGAGGCAUGCCCUACUGCUUAUAGUUAUGCAUAUGAUGAUCCUACUAGCAUUUUUACUUGCUCUGGUACAGAUUAUGUCAUCAGUUUUUGUUCUUCUAGGGAUCAACAGGUUUGCACAUACCAUAAUAACAAGCUUGUUUGCGGUGGAUCAACAGGAGGAUCUCAAGGAUUAAAAUCAUUUGCUGGGGGAUGGAUGGUUGUGAUGCUUGCAGGGUUGUCACUGGUUAAUUGGUGAACUGAUAUAUAGUAUUUUUAGGUUUAUUAAGACAAGCAUCUUUUGUUUUUGGAUAAUGUUAGAGAAGUAUUUUAUUCUUUGAUGAUUAAGUUUGCCCCUUAAAACUUGUGAAAGAGGAUUGGUUCUUCCCUUUGCAGGAGAAAUGACUGAAAAAGUGGAAACUUGUAAAUAUGCAUUUGUUGGUUCUAUUGUUUUUCUUCUAUUCAAGUGGGCAAGAAUUAAUUGCAAUUAUCUAUCCUGAUGUGAUCAUAAAUUCAAUGCAGCAUAUUAUUUCUUUUCUCCA